AUGGCGCCAACGAGGUUCUGUGGCGAGACGGUUCAGUCGGAGUUGGAGGCCAUCCUUGCAAGCGGCCACCGGCAAGUGGCGGCCCGGAUUGCGCUGUAUUGCAGCGAGCUGGUGGAGGCCGCUCGCGAGGACGAACGGCAGCAGCUUCGCGACAGGCAAUUAGCAGCCGGCGCUGGUGGACAGACGGGUGACGGCACAGGCUUACGUCCUUCGCCAGAGGCAGCACAAAAAAGCGCAGAGGCUGCGCAGAAGCUGGCACAGCAGCCCACGUUGGAUCAAUUCCAUACGGAUCGUGCAACUGACAGAGACUGUGUGUGGAUCCUGCGCACGGCAUUUUCCAUCAGGAACAAGGCAGUGCCGAUCCAGAUUCAGAUGGAAACCCACCUCCAAGCAAUACGUUGGCAGGUGAUCCAGCGGGGGAAAGACGAGGCUCUGGUGGAUGUUUCAUGGGAAGCUAAGGGUCUUCUUUCAUCGACAUGGCUCCAAAAAGCUUACAAGGACACGGAAGCGACUGGUGAAUUCCGAGGCACUCUGAACAGCACCGCACCCGCCCACACCCGAGGCCGCUACGUAUCUCACGAUGCCGGACAACGGUGCAUCAAGAGCAGAACUGGAUCGACCGGCUUCGGCUUUAGAUCAGUCUGUUCCGAAGCCGAACUGGCAAAAGACAAGGCGCGGGCCGUGCAAGUCUUCAAGUCUGGCAACCUGACGCAGCAGAUCGCACGCUGGCUUCCUCCUGUCAAGCUGGUUGCUUUUCGCCGAAUCAGCCCCUGCUGCCGGCAAGUGGUCAGCGACCUGCUGGCGUCCGAUGAAGCCCUUCGAAAUGAGGUGCAAGCGGCACUACAGGAGGUUUUACAUCAAAAGGAUAACCGAGUUUGGGUGGGAAUCCGGGUGCGAAAUCACAGCGCAGACCCGGGGUCUUUUGCAGUGGACCGGCGUCAGAUUACUUUGGCCAAUCCAUCCUCGAGUACGGCCUCGGCAAGCUCUACAUCAUUCGUGUUCAAUCGGGUUUUCGACCACAGGGCAAAUCAGAUGGAUGUUUGGAGCAGCAUCCAGGCCCCUCUGAUGCGAUGCGUCCUGCGCCGCGAACACGCGUGCUUGUUUGCCUAUGGGCAAACUGGGUCUGGCAAGACCUAUACCAUGUUUGGAGAUCCGGCCUCGCCGUCGGAGAGUGGUCUGGCUUUCCGAAUUACAGACAGCUUGAAGCAGCUUCUUCAAUCGGCGACAUGCGUGGAAGAUCGUCCGUCGCUGGAGUUCAGUUUUCUGGAGGUGUACAACGAGCGGGUCCAUGACCUUCUCGCCAACUCGAAAGUGUGCGUGCUGGCGGGUGAGAGGGAAGAGCUGGCACCUGGAAGCACAUACCACGCCGCCAAGCUCGGAGACGAGCACGUGAUUGUGCGUGGUCUGACAAGACGGACGUGUGGUGUGCAUGACAUCACGGAGAAG